AGUCAGACUCUUGAGCAUAGAGUCGAAGCAGGUGGUCAAAAGAGUCAGUGUAGAUAUGCUCUGCAAGUGAGCGGAGUGUGUCGAUUGGAUAAAGAGUGUGAGCAGCCUUUAAAAUAGAUUAGAUGCUCAAUUUUCAGCAGUGCGAGUCUGUAGAUGGACCUUUUGAGCUUCGCUUCUUUGGCUCAUCCAGAAUGCUGAGAGGAGGAUGAAUCCCCCAGGUCAUCUGAGACAUCCACGUGUCUUUGCUGCUGUCCCUCCCCGACAGCCCUCUUGUCCCACUGGGGCGCCAUCUGCCUCCCCACGCUCCCCCCCUUGCCCGGCUCCCUCCCCCCUCCCCUGCCCACAGUAGUGGCCAUCCCAGAGGGGAGGAAAGGCGAGCCAGCCCCUGUAAAUAUGCCUGGAUGGAGGUCUCAGUGGCGUCUCGUCCUGCUGAACUCCCUGACCUGUGGCCUGGAGAUCUGCGUGGCAGCUGGGAUCACAUACGUUCCCCCGCUGCUGCUGGAGGCCGGAGUGGAGGAGCGCUACAUGACCAUGGUGCUAGGUAUCGGUCCAGUGCUUGGCCUCAUAUUCAUCCCUCUGAUUGGCUCUGCCAGUGACCACUGCAACAGCAGUUAUGGCAGACGACGGCCUUUCAUCUGGUUGCUGUCUUUAGGAGUCCUUCUGGCACUUUUCAUCAUCCCCCACGCUGACGUACUGGCUGCACGCCUGGCCUGGGGUGGGCGCACCUUCCAGGUGGGCUUCCUUAUCCUUGGGGUGGGGCUCCUUGACUUUUGUGGACAAGUGUGCUUCACACCGCUGGAGGCGCUUUUGUCGGACCUGUACCGGGACGAGGAGGAAUGCGGCCAAGCUUUCGCCAUGUUUUCUUUCAUGGUCAGCUUGGGAGGAUGCGUGGGCUAUUUGUUACCAGCGCUGGACUGGAGUAGUGGCCUGCUCUCUGUUUACCUAGGAGGCCAGGCCGAGUGCCUCUUCUCCCUUCUCACCCUCAUCUUCAUCUCCAGCCUGCUCAUCACCAUGAAGGUGUCCGAGGAGCCCUCGUGUGCCAGCAGUGGCUUGGCGGGGUCUGGAUCUUUACUGGAGUCGGGAGCCGGCACGAUAGAAGCCGGCCGGUGCGGCGUGCCGCGCUCAUGCUGCUACCUGCUGAAGUGCAAGCUGAGGUUGCUGAAGUCUGGACCGUUGUUGUGCCUGCUGAGAACAUGCUGGUCCAUGACGCCGGCCAUCUACAGGAGCUACUGCCACGUCCCGCGGGUGAUGAGACAGCUGUGCGUGGCUCAGCUCUGCAGCUGGAUAGCGGUCAUGUCUUUUAUGCUUUUCUACACAGACUUUGUGGGAGAGGGCCUGUACGAGGGCGUGCCCAGUGCAUUACCAGGAAGUGUGUCCAAGCAAAGAUACGAUGAAGGUAUCCGUAUGGGCAGCCUGGGCCUCUUCCUGCAGUGUGCUACCUCAACCUUCUUCUCCCUGGUCAUGAGUCGUUUGGUUCGCCAUUUUGGCUCACGGUGGGUCUACAUGAGCAGCAUGGUGAGCUUCACAGUCUCUGCUUUGGUUAUCUGCCUGUCCAAAAGUGUGGUCUUGGUCACUGUAAUGGCGUCCCUUACUGGCUACGCGUACGCCACACUGCAGACUCUGCCCUACACACUCACCUGCCACUACCACAAGGAGAAAGAGGUCUAUAUGCCAAAAAGGAAAACCCAAAGUGUGCAUAAAAAUGGUAUUACAACCAAGCGGGACUCUGCGUAUUUGACUCCUGCAGAAGAGGAGGGCAGAUUGAACCACAAAACGGGGACUCCCAACGGUCACGUCUUCUUCAGCCAGGACAGUUACGAGUACUACCCCAGUCCACACAGCCAGAAUGGCUCAUCUCACAGUUCCGCCGGCGCCGAACAGGAGGAGGUGGAUUCGGGGUUUGAGAAACGUGGCGUGGGUUUGGACUUUGCUAUCUUAGACAGCACCUUCCUCCUCUCUCAGGUUUUCCCCACCCUCUUCAUGGGCAUGAUCGUUCAGUUCGCGCAGUCCGUCACCGCCUAUAUGGCCUGCUCGGUCAUCUUCGGCGCCGUCGCCAUCUAUCUGGCCAGUCAAAUCAUCUUUGAACAAAAGGACCUCAAAAGCUGAGACUUGGAUGCAAAAAGAUGUGGAAUCACAAAUAAUCAAUCAUUCAGGUUCCACGGGCGGAACUCAAAAAUGCACUACUGUUCCCAGAAUGCCUUGCUCUAGUACCGUGUGUUUGCUUUUAUCAAAGCAUUGCAUUGGGGAAGUGUGUGUCAGGUUAUGAGAGAAAGUGGUUAACAAAAGAAAAUGUUCCAUGAGACGUGAUAUCUGCCAAUGAUGUGCAGUUUCUGUGUCGUUACCUGAAGAGUCAACACCAACUGUGUGCUCAUGUCAGGCGUGGUACUCUCUCUACUGAAUGCAAUUGAAUUCUAUAGAAAUCUCUCUUUUUGUUGUGACAUCUUUCCUGCCCUUCAUCUUUUUCCUCAGGUACCACAAACAGAUUUACUGUAGAACUCAUCCACCUCAGAUACACACCUUCUAACAUUUUAAUGUUUUUUUAAAUGGUCUUAUCCACAAUUUUUAAAAGUACAGUCUGUUUUGUACUCAAAACAUGUUUUAAGGUAGGGUCGGUAGUGCUGUUCAAAUACAGUUUUUUGUUAUAUUUGUUGACAUUCUCAUUACAUCCCGACAGCAAUCAAUAAAUUAAAUGCUCUUACUAAAAAAAUCAUUUUUUAAUUUGACAUCUGCAGCUGUCGCAGGUCUGUAAUAAUCCUGUCCAAUCAUUUCAUUCAGCGCGAAUGACAUUAUUUGAUGCCUACCUGUCUACCUACCAGCCUGCCUGCGCACACUCACUCCGUGCACUCAUUGAGCCUUUCUCAAACCACCCCAUACACUCUCUCCCCAACUACUUCCACUCCGUGGAAGUGGGUUAUAUAACCCUCCAACAGCAAGCCUGCAUCGAUGCAGACUUACUGGCCACGUGCAACGGCGUUUCGUGUUUGUCGUGGAACUCGCUCCGUACAAAUGUAAGCUCCAUGCAACUACCCGUACAAAUGUAAACUGCUCAAACUAAAGUGAAUUUAACAACUUAAGAUUGCAUUGUAUUUAGGAUAAAAUCUUCCCUUGUCUAGUCUAGAAAACGGUAGAUGUGUUCAUUUGAUUAUAAAGUGAAAACCAAGCAGCUCAUAAACAUCAGAGUUAAAAAUGAGAAAAUGUUUACAAAAAAAAGAAACGAAAUACCACCACAGAAGUACGGGAGUACGUUUUAUUUUUAGUUUCUCUGUAUGUUGCAUAAGCAUUUUAUUUUUAAUACUGUGAACCUUUGCACAUCCCUUCCGCUCGAUACGAAACCAUGGUUACGAAACGUUACGACAAUUGCCGUCGGAGAGAGGGAAGUUUUUCCCAAAGCUUGCCGCUGUAUUUAUACCCUACACCUUGAAGAAGGGUGCUUCAUUCAGUGCGACUACAAAUGGAGUUCACUCUGUCACAGAGUGGGGAGUGUCCGGUUUGAGAAAGGCCCAUUGUGAGUCUUCCAUAAGCUACAAGCUUGACCGCGUUCAUUACUAACACUAGCCUUGUUCUUCGUUUACAUUCAUAAUGAUGAUUUUGGGGGAGUGGCUUUGGAGGGAGGCCUGAAGGCCUGUCAGUGAUGCCAGCUUUGCGACUUUCUCACUAGAUUUUGGGACUUUUGGAGCUAGUGGUGCGAGCUACUUUCAUUGGAAAAGAGUUGGCAACACUGGGCUGGGUUUUAUGGUUGGAUUUAUUUUUUCUAAAUCUAGUGUACUAUUGCUAAUUUCUCAGCAUAACCGACCCUACCUUUAAACACAGUGUUAGCUUGUAGAGACUCAUCUGCAGCAUCACUAAGCCAGUCUGGAGACUAGUCGUCAUCUUAUUGAGACGGGCCUGUCUUUCUUCACAACGACAGAAUGGAUAGAUUAAUGCGGUGUUUUACCUGUAGAAGUGGGACCAUUGGACUUAAACACACUUAAGGGGGUACUCCAGUGAUUAAGUAUUUGCCUACAUUUCCAAUGAUACAACUCUAUAUCAUCUCAUGAUUAGACCUUCCCUACCUGUUACAUGCCAUCAUCUUUUAAACUCCACGCCCUCAGUUUGUAAUGCAGUUUUUAUUUGAACUAUUUUAGGCUAAUGCGUAGUUCACACUACACGACUUUAGCCCUGAUUUUCCGCUCCCUGACAAAGGCCCCAGAUCAGAGGCCAGUCUUCGUUGGCUCGCCGCUCAGAGAUUGGCGCUCGAGCGUCAUGUGUGAGCUGCUCAAAGACGCAAGCCGAGAGGUUCGCCCAUAACUCACAAACACAUUCCAGAUAUCUAACAUGCUAAAUAUCUGGACCCUGUCGGGGACUCCGGCCACGAGCUACAGCCAAUGAGAGCGCAGGCAUGGGUUGAGGGGACAACUGGGAGGAGGGGUCGCCUGUAACAAGAGGAACUUACUGUAUGUAUUGCAUUUGCAACACGGAGCAAAGUUGUUGUUGCACCUAGAGGAAUAAAUAGUAAAAAAAAAAUUGGAAACGGGCUAUUUUGUAAACACGUGCCAACAACAGCAUCAGCAAUGCGUCUCGCGUACUGUAUCACGUCAUUUACCGUGUAUUUCUCGUGUGUGUUUUCGUGACAAACCGUAGUUUGGAGACCUCAUCGGGUAGUGUGCGACCUUCUGUCGCCGGACAGUCAUGAAGUGUGAAAACCACAACGACUUCAAUACUCCCAAUUACAAGACAGCAAGUUGUGUAGUGUGAACGUUACUGCGAUCUGACGACUUUGAAAGUCUUUAAGUGUGAACUUGGCUUAAUUCGAGAUAACCCUGAUGACGUCACUAUGACACCAUCAGGGUUAUUUUCUCAGACUUCACAAAGCUCCUCCAGAGCCACAGAGGAAAUUAUACAACAGGCUUCUCUCCAUGACAAGUAAACUGACCUUGAUUGUGGACCCCUUUAUAAAUUCAGCUGUACUCUGAUGUCGCGCCCCAUCAUAUUGCGUUUCCCCCAUCUAGUGUCAUCUAUUCAUAAAUGAACAGUUUUACUGUAAAUAUUUUGUAUACAAAUUGACUGUAUAUCCCUAUGGGACCUUUGUUAUGCAACCUGUUGAGGUGAGGUUAUAGACUGUGGUGGUUUUAAGAAUGAAGCUGUUUACUAAAACUGGAAAUAUUGCAUCUAAUCUAGUCUGCUCAUCCUGUCCAACUCCGCUUCUGAUCAGGACAGUCGUCUCAGGUUAGUACAUCGUUUUAGUGUCCCAUCCUGUCCUUCCUUAUACCACUGAUAAAACACUUUGCCUGCUGCCUAAAACUUCAUGUUUCACUGUGUUCUCAAAUGACAAUCUAGGACAUCCAGAUGGGCUUGUUACAUAACGCUGUAUGUAAACAUGUUUGAUGGAAGCUCACUUCAUAGCACCCAUUCCUGAAAGACCAAAAAGAAAAAGUCAUGCAGUAAAUGGAAAUAUUUGGUUACUGAAAACGAUGUGAGAGUAGGCGCUGUAUAUUGAUGCUGAGUUGAGGUGUGUGUGUGUGUGUGUGUGUUUGUGUGUGUAUACAUAACAUGGAGGACAGACAGUGAGAAAGUAUGAGUAAUAUUUAAGUGUGAGGCUAAUGAGAAGUGAUAUGACUCGAGUGUGUGCAGUUUUUUCACACCAGUUAUAAUAAACUUUAGCCCGGCCCUUAUGAUGCUCUAUGUUACAAUGUAUUGUGGCCUUCAGUUGAGCUUUUAAAAUCGUCCGGUUGGUUGUUUUCGCAGCCGGUUAAGUGAGUUAAUUUGAGCAUUUUAUAUCCAGGUUGUCUCAUCCUACACGAGAGGUGAUGAAUUAGGUUCAGCAGAUACAAAUAGUCCUGAAGGAUCUUAUUGCCUGAGGUGUCGCUCAGCAUGAGAGAAGUAAAAAACGACGGAGGAGUUGUUUGUCACUCAAGCAACUCCUCGUCACCCCAAAAUCCACAUGAAAAUGUUGUCUAGCAGUAGCUGGAGUGUCAGGAAAUAAAAAGGUUGUUUUACAAGUGCCUGUACAUUUUUCAAACAUUUUUUUGUACAUAUGUAUUUAUUUAUUAUGCUUUUAUUACAAAAUAGCACGUUUUAAACUAUUGGCAUCCUUCAUGGGUGCAAAGGUGAAGGCUGUUUCUGUGAAAAGGAUAAAUUAUUUGUAUAGAUGUGGUAUAAAAGCAUCAUCAAACUAUAAUUUAUUUCAUCAUUACCCACUUUAUCCUGUCGCAUUGAGAAUACCACAGAGCAUAUUGCAGAUUAGAAAGUUAUCAGAAGUUCCCCCCUGUGGUCAUAUCAGCUGAAAACUUUAUUCCUCUCACACAACUGAGAUGCUUUGUGUGUUUUUUUCUGAUGAAAAUAAGAAUCCAUCAUUUUGCUUUAUAUAACCACUUGUUUCUUCUUAUCUGAGAUAUGUGUUAUUGUUAAACUCGACACAUAAACACCACAGAUUUCUUUAACUUGGAUGGGUGGAGUUGUUUUCAGUCCUUGUUGCUCUCAACCAAAUGUCCUGUUUAAUUUCAGACAUAAAAAGUGCCAAUGGUCCGACUGUGUUAAGGCCAGAAGUCAUUGCGUUUUGAUGUGAUUGAUCAGGUGUUUUUAAAUCGCAGUUUUUGUCACAAGAGUUCAGUCACCUGUGUUAUCAUAAAUGCAUUUAGCCAUAACAAAAAAGUUGUAUUUCAUUUCCAUUAUACAUCCAUCAGAUUGUGUAUAAAUAUGCAGUUACCAAGUAGAUUUUAUACAAAAUAAAAGAACUGCAUUGUUAAUGA